AUGUCAUAUAAUGGGAUUGGGUUGAGUUCUGCUAAGGGGUCUGCCACGUCCGGACAUAUCCAGCGGAACCUAGGGAAUUUAAAAUCCAAGGAUAAUGAGGAAAGUAAGGGUAAACAUUAUUUGGAGAGACAGAUCAGGAAACGGAAACAGGAGAAAAUUGAGAAACAACGCAAGAUGACAAGUUUAGAAAUUGAUAGGGAGAUCCUAGACCAUUCUAUUAAACGGGAAAUUGAGGUGAAAGUUAUGGAGUAUCGAGAUAAGGUGGAAGAUGAGAAUCCCGAUUGGGAAGAUGACAAGAUCGACGACGUUGUGAAGAUGUAUCGAAUAAAAUUGAUGGAUUUGGAGAAAGUUAAACAGAGGAAACGGUCCAUGAGAUCGUACAAUGCACCAAUCAACCCAUUCAGAGCGAUGGCUAUUGAUGACUUUAGCAGCAGCAACCGCUGCAAUAGCAGUGAAGACAAACAAUGCAAUGAUGACAAGGCUAAAAGCGGAGUAGAAGAUAAUAUUGGGAGUGGUAGCAAUAAUGAAUAA